AUGUCGGACGAAAUCGUCAUCGACAAGCAGAAUUUCUCAACUCGCAUCGCGACCCUCAUUUCAGCAUGGCGAUCGCAGCGUAACGAACAAUUCGGAGGUGCCAGCUCUCUACUCUUGCUGUUGGGAAAAUCAGACUCUAGUGGCUACACGAAGACUCUGUCCCUGUUCUAUUGGCUACUUGGAUAUGAGUUUCCUGCUACUUUGAUGCUUCUGACUUUCGACAAAGUUUAUGUUGUCACAACAGCAAAAAAAGCUAAAUUAUUACAUCCUUUAUCGACACCCAAAUACCCUGUGGAAGUGCUCAUCCGCGGCAAAGAUGAAGCUGAAAACAAAAAGCAACUACAAACGAUCGUUGACCAUAUUAAGGAUGCUGGCAAAAAAAUAGGUAUCUUGCAAAAGGAUUAUGGUGUUGCGCAAGGGCCAUUGGUUACCGACUGGAACAGCAUUUACAAGCCUUCUGUAGAGGCCGGAGACAUCGAAGAACAAGAUUUUGCCAUUGGGGCUAGUACUGCGCUUCAAACAUACGAUGAAGCUGGGUCGAAAAGUAUACGCCAGGCUGCCAAGGCCUCUGUCGCUGUCAUCCAUAAAUACUUCCUCGAGGAAAUGUCUGUCAUUAUCGACGAGGAGAAGAAAGUCACCCACGACACUAUCGGCAAGAAAGUAGAGGCGCAGAUUGAUAAAGAGGAAUUCUUCAAAGAGAAGGAUCACAAACUGGGGGCAGAUUUUGCCCCGUCUCAGCUCGACUGGGCUUAUGGGCCUUCAAUCCAGAGUGGUGGAAAAUAUGAUCUUAAGGUUCCUGGUGAGACCGAAAACGAUAAGAGCAACCUACAUAGUGGUGUUAUCAUAGCAUCUAUGGGAUUCCGAUACAAGAACUACUGCAGCGUCGUCGGAAGAACUUACAUGAUUGACCCGAAUAAGACACAGGAAAAUCAUUAUUAUUUCCUCAUCAAGUUGCACACACUCAUCAUUAGCACACUUCGAGACGGAGUCACCUGUAAGGACGUAUACAGCAAAGCGCUCAAUCUUGUCAAAUCUCAACACCCCGAACUCGAGAAAAAUUUCUUCCGAAAUGUGGGCUACGGCAUUAAUAUGGAGAGCCGUGAUAGUACGCUCAUUCUCAACGGCAAGAACGCCCGUACUCUUCAAGAAGGUAUGACCUUGGUCAUUCACGUCGGAUUUCAGGAUCUCGAAAACCCGAAGGCAGACGACAAGCGAGGCAAGACCUACGCGCUCGCCCUCACAGAUACCGUAGAGGUUGGGGGGAAGAACACAGAAGCUAUCGUCUUAACUCGCGGUGCACCUGUUGCCAAAGACGAGGUUGCAUUCUACUUCAAAGAUGAAAAUCCGCCUGAGCAGAAGGCGAAGCAGGCCAAACCUCCACCAAAGGCCUCUGCUUCGUCGAAGAAUACUGCCAUUAUGAAGACGAAGUUGCGUGGGAAGCGUGAGGAGGUUGACGAUGGAAAAGAGCAACGUAGGAAAGAAAAUCAAAAGCAACUGGCUGCGAAGAAGCGAGCCGAAGGUCUCGAAAGAUUUCCUGCCGGCGGGGCCGCCAGCAACGGCGUCGAAAAGAAGCAGAUCAAGAAGUUUGAGUCCUAUAAGCGAGAAAACCAAUUCCCGCACGGUGUUGGAGAUUUGAAAAUUAUGGUUGACGUCAAAGCACAGACCGUAAUUCUCCCUAUCUUUGGCAGACCCGUCCCGUUCCACAUUUCCACCAUCAAGAACGUCAGCAAAAACGAAGAAGAUCCUUACACACAUUUACGUAUCAAUCUCGUUAGCCCCGGACAGGGUGUUGGGAAAAAAGACGAACUGCCCCUCGAGGAGCCUAGCGCGCAUUUCGUCCGCAGUUUGUCUUAUCGAAGCACAGAUCGUGUCAGGAUGGCAGAUAUAAGUCAAGUCAUCCAAGACAUGAAAAAGCAAGCUUUGAAGCGUGAACAGGAGAAGAAAGAGAUGGAGGAUGUUGUCACUCAAGACAAUUUGAUUGAAAUUAAGAACCGACGGCCCCAACGUUUGCAAGAAGUUUAUGUCCGUCCAGCCCUUGAUGGGAAGCGUGUCGCUGGUGACAUUGAGAUCCACCAGAAUGGCCUGCGUUAUGUGUCGCCUGCUCGAUCGGAGAGAAUCGACAUUUUAUUUUCAAAUGUCAAGCACCUGUUCUUCCAGCCUUGUGAACACGAAUUAAUUGUGAUAAUACACGUUCAUUUGAAGACUCCCAUAAUGGUUGGCAAGAAGAAGACCAAGGAUGUUCAGUUUUACCGAGAAGCCAUGGACAUACAAUUCGACGAGACGGGUAACCGCAAGAGAAAGUAUAAAUAUGGCGAUGAAGAGGAGUUUGAGGCCGAGCAGGAAGAACGACGACGAAGGGCCCAACUUGACAAGGAAUUCCGAGCGUUUGCGGAAAAGAUCUCCGAGGCCACGAAGGACGAGGGUCUCGACGUCGACAUCCCUUUCCGCGAGCUUGGGUUCUAUGGCGUUCCGUUCCGUGCCAAUGUUCUCUGCCAGCCGACUACCGAGUGCCUUGUUCAACUCACCGACCCACCAUUCUUGGUCAUCACCCUUGAUGAGAUUGAAGUUGCCCACCUGGAGCGUGUGCAGUUUGGCUUGAAGAAUUUCGAUAUGGCGUUUGUCUUCAAAGACUUUUCGCGACCCGUUGUCCAUGUCAACUCAAUCCCAAUGGAGACCCUAGAGAGCGUGAAGGACUGGCUUGAUAGCGUAAACAUUGCAUUUACCGAGGGACCGUUAAACCUUAAUUGGGUUCAAAUCAUGAAGACGGUCACUGCGGACCCCCACCUGUUCUUUUUCGAUGGUGGCUGGAAGUUCUUGAGCACUGACACAGAUGACGAAGAGGAGGAAGAAGAAGAUGAGGAAAGUGAGUAUGAAGAAUCUGAGAGCGAUUUUAGCGACGGCGAGGACAGCGAGGACAGCUUUGGAAGUGAAGACGAUGACGCAAGCGAGGAUGAAGGCAGUGAUGCCAGUGACUUCUCCGAGGGUGAAUCGUGGGAUGAAAUGGAGGAGAAAGCUAAGAAGAAGGAUAAGGACAGGGACCUCAGUGACGAGGAACGACCGAAGAAAUCUAAGAAGCGCUAA